AUGGCAGAAAUAGGUGAAGGGUUGUCUUUUGAUGUUGAUCAGCUUCUAACUGAAGAAGCACUGGCAGAGCUGUAUUGUGAUCAACAUGAAGCAAUGCAAGAUGAAGAUUUUGAGCAGGAUGAAUCAGAAAAUGAGAUGAUGCAAGAUGAACCAGAAGAAAUAACCAAUCAGCAGCAAGGCACACAAGCAGAUGAUGCAAACCAAGAGAGCCAACAUGAAACAGACCAUGGGACUCAAGGUGCCAGCAGAAAACAGCUGACUAUGCAACAGAGAAGGCAGAUUGUUGAUGCAACGCUCCUUACAAUGCAAGAUGGUCAGUUACCCAAGGGUCACAGGAAACAGUUAAGCAUCCAAUUCAGAGUUCAUAAGUCAACAAUCACCAGAAUCUUUAUUGACAUUAAAAAACAGAUGCCACAAGGGAAUAUGAUUGAUGUCAGGACUAAGAAGUUUGGCAGAACUGGUCCAAAGCCAAGGGAAUUUUCUGAUGAAUACCUACAAUCAGUCCCUCUGUAUCUUAGGCAGACAAAGAGAAGUUAUGCAGCUGCCCUAAAGAUUUCUCAUGUCACUCUCCACCAUUUGAAGAAAAAAGGGAGGCUGAGAACACACACAAGCAGUAACAAACCUGCCCUAACAUCAGACCACAAGGUUGCUAGACUCAAAUGGGUGAUGUCACAUAUAAAUCCAGUCACAGCAGAUGGGGACCCCACUUUUGUUGACAUGAACCAUGUCAUACACAUAGAUGAGAAAUGGUUCUUUCUCAAUCCUGACAAGAGAAGAUUUUAUCUCCUUCCAAGUGAGGAAGAUCCAUACAUGGCACAACAGUAA